GAGCCUGUUCGGCCGUAAUUGCGACGGAAGCGCAGAGAGCGAGCAUCGCUAUGAAGCGUGAAAUAUAGGGAUAGCAUUGUGACGGCACCGACGAAAGCACCGACGCUUUCCAUCCAUCCAGAGAUUCGUUAGUUACACUCACUCUCGUAGAUAGUAGAAAAACCACACACAAAAUUACAUAACUAAGGAUGAAGUCGGUACUGAGCUGGUUCGGCCAACCGGAGACCUUUAACCCCGCCCAGGUGGCUAUCUAUGGAUCCAUAUCCUUUCUGAUUGUUUCGCUGCUGGGUCUGCUGAUCUACAUCACCUGCUCCAAACGCUACCGCCUCAAUUGGUACGAGAAGAACCUUCUCGAAUCAGCCAACGAACGUGAGGCCGCCCUGCAGCGCAGCCACGGAGGACCAAUAACUUGCCCGAUUGCGUACAACGUUGACGCGGUCGCCGGAACCUCACGGUAUCUCAAUCGGCCCCACGGGAGUCCGCAGGCGAAGGCGGAAAAUCCACCGUUCUGGGCGUCGCAGGGCCUGUACCGGAAGAGCGACAGUCGGGGCCAGUUGAUUGACACGUCGGAUGAGGAGACAACCGGCGACAGUGGAGACUCGGCGUGCAGCAGCAGUAGGUCAGUUAUAGCGGCACCCAGCGGCGCUGUCGCCAUCGCCAGCACUAGCCGGCACGUAGUGCUCGUAUCAUCCAGUCCGGCCAAGCCUACAACCUCGAUGGUGGCUCCGAAAGGGCAAGGCAGCGGAUCCGAUAUGGUGGACUCCGCCAGCACUUGCAGCACGCUCAGUCGGGGCGACUUGGGUGGUGAGGACGCCCGCGGUGCCAUUCGCCUGACGUUGAGCUACGAUCCAGGCGCCGGCAUCCUGAACGUGAGGCUCGCAGAGGCCCAGGAUUUGCAGCCACAGGACUUCAGCGGAACGGCGGAUCCGUACGCCAAGAUACGACUGCUGCCGGAUCGAAACAAUAUGUGGCAAACGAGAAUUCAUAAAAAGACACUUAACCCGGUAUUUGACGAAGAUUUUGUGUUUGAGGUGCGCUCGGCAACCAUCGGCAGACGCACGCUGGAAAUUUUGCUGUUCGACUUCGAUGCCUACUCGCGGCAUGUCUGCAUCGGCGGUGUUCAAUUUCCUCUGGGCCAAGUAUGUCUGACGGAGAAGAUAGACGUUUGGCGACCGCUGCUACCCUACACCGAGCAGGAUAACAAGCAAGAUCUGGGCGAUCUGAUGGUGUCACUGUCGUACCAGCCGCCAUGCGAGAAGCUAACGGUCGUCAUCAUUAAAGCCCGUAACCUACGUGUGGUGGACGGGACGCGAAAUUCGUCCGAUCCGUACGUAAAAGUAUGCCUCUACAAUGCCGACGGGAGGCGCAUCAAGAAACGCAAGACCACCGUGGCCCGCAACACGACCGCUCCUGUCUACAAUGAGGCCCUCUCGUUCGACAUUAGCCGUGAAACGUUGAAAGACUGCUCGAUUGAGUUUCAGGUUCUGCACGAUAAUCUGCUGGGCCGGAACGAAACCAUUGGCCGAGCGAUGGUCGGUGCCGGACCGGAGUUUCGGGAGGAGAACCGGAAGUUCUUCGAUGAACUAUUUCGAACGCGCGCCGCCACGGCGCAGUGGAUUGCGUUGUCCGAGCUGAAGCUGAAAUCGGAUACGACCAAGUAAUAACCGAUGCUCAAAUAGUCACGUGCACAUUGAAGAAGUUUACAGCAACCACGCCAGACCCUAGCCGAACAUAUUCUGUAAGUCUACUUCUUCGUGUAUUUCAUUAUCCUUAUUUUUGCGCAAGUAACGUAAGCAAACUUAAGCAAAUAUCAUAUUACAUUAUAAGUCAAAAGAGAUGAAAAAGAAAGAUGAAAACGAAAUGCGGUUCCUGGUGGGAGAUUUUACUAUUUUGACAGCACAAUCACUAUUCCAAACGAAAAAUCGUGCACGUAAAACAAAUGUUUCUUAUACAACAAACCAUAUAUUUUAAUCAAUGUGACGUAGCUUAUGUAACGUGUUGAACUUCGAGGCAAACAAUUCGUUCGCUGAUUUACAAUUCGUUCGUUGAUUAAGAUAAUAAUUCAAAAAGUUGGUUCAACACUGAAGUAAUAGUGAACUGAAUUUGCAACGUCCAGCGAGUUUACAUUUUACAUAUUACAAGUACCUUAGGUUUCCUUUGUAUAGUGUUAUCCCACCAGACAGGGAGAGGGAAAGCUCCAGUCUUACCAUGUUAAUAGGCUGUAUCUACAAAGAUUUAUGAACCCCAAUUAUAUCCUAAGCAUGGCCUGGCCAGUUAGUGUCAGAUGCUACUUUUACGCCUUCUGAAGGACAAAAUAUAUCAGAUAUACAUCAGAUUUAUAUGUAACACUGUAAAGCGGACUAUCAAAAGGAGGAAGAAACGAUAAUCAUCAAAAGUAAGGCAGGAACCAUAAUGUAUAAGUAUUUAUACAACAACCAAAGAGAGAUAUGUAUUUAAUAGAUGUUAUCAAAUUCAGAAUAAAUAUUGUGUAC